CGACUUCAGAGCUUUGUUCCCACAGCAGCUGCGACAACAAGCACGCAUUACAACAGCAGACCAAAAGAAAGUGAUCCUACCCAAAAAUGUCAGACAUCAACGUUGCUGGUGUCGUAUCGAUUGUUUUGUUUUACCUGCUCAUUCUUGCCAUUGGUUUAUGGGCUGCUCGCCGGCGAAAGGACAAUGAGGAAGAGACCAUGUUAGCAGGAAGAAGUAUUGGGAUGGUUGUGGGCACCUUUACUUUGACAGCAACAUGGGUCGGUGGAGGAUACAUCAAUGGUACAGCGGAAGUACUCUUUGAUAAAGACCAAGGUCUCGUCUGGGCCCAGGCUCCGUGGGGCUAUGCCCUUAGCCUGGGGUUAGGGGGACUACUUUUUGCCAAGAUCAUGCGCCAAAGAGAGUACAUCACCAUGAUUGACCCUUUCCAGGAAAGGUACGGUCCACGUAUGGGUGGAUUGUUAUACAUUCCAGCAUUGUUGGGCGAAGUAUUUUGGUCUGGCGCCAUCUUGUCAGCUCUUGGUGCCACUGUGAGUGUUGUUAUCGGCUUGGAUCGCUUGACUUCUGUGGUUGUUUCUGCGUGCAUUGCUAUUUUCUACACGUUAAUGGGUGGACUGUACUCUGUGGCUUACACUGAUGUUAUACAACUCAUCUGCAUCUUUGUUGGAUUGUGGCUCAGUAUUCCAUUCGCCAUGACUAACAAAGCAGUGACUAGUAUCACAAAAGAUUCCAGCAAAUGGGUUGGAGAGAUACCUACAGCAAAGAUUGGAGUAUGGUUGGACUAUGCUAUGUUACUGAUCUGCGGUGGCCUUCCAUGGCAAGUGUACUUUCAGCGUGUGUUGUCGUGCAAGACACCAGGAAAGGCUCGUAUAUUGUCUCUGAACGCUUCCUUUGGAUGCAUGUUCAUGGCUGUUCCUGCAAUACUCAUCGGAGCCAUCGGCGCCUCAACAGAUUGGACCCAAACUUCGUUCUACAAACCACCUGAGGGUAACAUCACCAACCAAAUAGCCUCAGUAUAUGUCGAUAAAACUCUGAUCCUUCCCAUGGUACUUCAGUAUCUCACACCAACAGCUGUGUCCUUCAUUGGUCUGGGUGCUGUGUCUGCUGCUGUCAUGUCAUCCACUGAUUCCAGUAUGCUCUCAGCCAGCUCCAUGUUUGCCCAUAACAUUUACAAACUCAUCUUUAGACAGAAGGCCUCCGAGAAAGAAGUUGUGUGGGUGAUGCGUUUUGCCAUAUUCGGAGUUGGCGCGGCCGCUACAGCCAUGGCUCUGUCAGUUGGUUCCAUCUACGUGUUAUUCCAUCUGUGCAGUGACCUGGUGUUUGUGAUACUAUUCCCACAGUUGUGCUGUGUUAUCUAUUUCAAAGCCUCCAACACUUACGGCUCCAUUGCAGGGUACAUAUUUGGCCUUUUUCUGCGCGUGGGGGGAGGGGAAGAUAAAAUUGGUUUCCCAGCCUUCAUUAAAUAUCCAUUUUAUGACGAGGUUAAGGGUCAGCUGUUUCCGUUCCGUACUUUGUCCAUGAUUGUUUCUUUUUCUACCAUUGUCUCGGUUUCGUUCUUGGCAAAGUACUUGUUUGAACGGGAAAUUAUACCUUUAAAGUAUGAUUUCCUGAAGGCCUUUAGGAAAGACGAGGAGAAACACCAGAGGAAACCAGUGGAGGAAAAGUUUAUUAUGAAAGAUUACUGAGACAACAAAAUUUGAGAGAUACAGUGCAGUUGUGUUGAUUCAUCCAUUCAAAGUUCUAGUUAUAGCAUUGAUGUAUGUAGGGUAGCUUGACGUCAUAAGAAAAGAUAUUGUUAGUGAAAUAGAGCACCAUUAAGAACAGGAGCUAUUUUAGUUUAAUGUCACUGAAAAAAGUUUAAUUAUCGAAACAUGUAUCGAUUUUACAUAUAGAUUGUCUGUCUCUGCUAGAAUAUCAUUAUGUAUAGUUGAUUAAGAAAACAAUUAAAAAGUUGACUCAAGAUUUUUCCUUCGA